AUGUCCACAGUUGCAGUUUUAGGCUUGAAUGGAUUCUUGGGGAAACCUGUUAUUGAAGCCUUAUUAUCAGAGCCUUUCAUUUCUCAAAUUAAGCAACCAAUUAGGCUGUUAACAUUCUCAGAUAAGAAACAAUUCCAAUCAGAAAAAGUUGAAUAUUUGAACGUUUCAAAAGGAUUUGAUGAUGCUUUGAAAGGUGUUGAUUCUGUUGUUAAUUUAACAGGAUAUCCAAAUAAGUCAUCUGAACCAUUUUUAGAUUCAGUCAUCAAGAACAAUGUAAAGCUUUAUAUACCUCCACAAUUUGGUAUUGAUUUAGGUGCAGCUUCUUCAAAGAUUUUCCCUGAAUUAUUGAAAGGUAAAGCUGAGCAUUCACAGAGAGCAAGAGAUAAUGGUAUCAAAAGUGUUGAUUUGUUUACUGGGUUUUUCUUCCUAGAGGUUAAUAACCCAUUUGUGACACCUUUAGUUAAAAUUAAUGGUUCAGAAGCUACUAUAAUUGGUGAUGAAUCAAUAAAAGUUAAUCCAACUUAUAUCAAUGAUGUUGGUAAAUCAGUUGCUUCAAUUUUAACAGCGAAGCGUUUUGAAAAGCUUCCAGAUAAGGUUAGAAUAUAUUCAGAUGUUGUCGAUAUUGGUCAAUUAAUUUCAAGAUAUGAAAAUUUAAAUGAUUUGAAGUUAAGCAAGACAUAUGAACCUAACGAUGAAUAUUUGAAUAAUAUUAGGUCCCAAUAUCAGAAAGAUGGUUAUAUUGGAUCCAAAUUCUUUGACUAUAUGGGAGCCAUGUUAGUUGGUGGUGAAGGAUAUGGAUUAAUAUUUGAGACACAGAAUGAACGAGAUGUCAUUAAUCCUAAUGAAAAAUAUUUCAAAUGGACAAAGUUUGAUGACAAAAAGUGA